AUGGCUAGUCCCAAUGUUCUUACCUUUGAUGCUGAGGGUCGAGCGAUAGACUUUGAGGUCUGGGUCGAUGAUCUGCAGCUUUUCCUGCAGUCCGAUCGCAAAGACGGUCUCUCACUGCUCGAUCUCACGUCUGGCAUCUCUACUGCCCCUGCUGCCGAUGCUGACAGUACUGUUCGCUCACAGUGGGCCACACGCGAUGCUGCUGCCCGUCUUGCUGUGCGUAGUCACCUGCCGUCCACUGAGCGCGUGCACUUUAGUCAGUACAAGAGUGCUAAGACCUUGUACAACGCUGUAGUUGCACAUUACUCUUCCCCUGCCACUGCUGCCCUUAGUCGCCUCAUGCUGCCGUACCUGUUCCCUGACCUCGCCGCCUUUCCCACAGUCACUGACCUCAUUACGCACCUUCACACUAUCACCCGGCUCCCUGACUCCCUUCACUCGGUGAAGGACCACUUCCUCUCUGUUUGCCCCACCACACUCACCGUUGACCUCCUCGAGGAGCGCCUCCUGGCAGCUGAGAAGAGUAUAGUCGCCGUAGGAGCCUCUCGUGGUGACCCUUGUUCCCCCUUCUUUGAGGGGUGCCCCCCCUCCCCCCUCUUGCCCUCUGUUGCCUCUGCUGCUGCGGUCGACCUCGUUGGCACCGAGUCGCGGGGUGGGGGUGCUGGUCCCUGUGCCUACGUCCUGCGUACUGGCGACCGCACUGCGUCUCCCGCUAGGGACAGACGCAGCACCGACCGACUCGGUGCCAGCGAGGUUGACAGCAACAGUAGAGGCAACAGAGGGCAAAAGGGGGGAGGGGGAGCACCCCUCAAAGAAGGGGGCACGAGGGUCACCACGAGAGGCUCCGACAGCGACUAUACUCUUCUCAGCUGCAAGGAGGCGCUCCUCGAGGAGGUCAACGGUGAGUGUGAUGGGGCAAACAGAGUGGAAGUGGUCCCUGACCGAGCGAAGGGAGACGUGGACAUGGACGUGGAGGACGUGGACGUGGACGUGGAUGUGGCCGUGGACGUGGACGUGGACGUGGACGUGGACCUGGACCUAGACGUGGACGUGGGCGUUGACGUGGACGCGGACGUGGGCGUUGACGUGGACGCGGACGUGGUCGUGGACGUGGACGUGGACGUGGACGUGGACGUGGACGUGGACAUGGACGUGGACAUGGACGUGGACAUGGACGUUGACGUGGUCGUGGACGUGUACGUGGAUGUGGACGUGGACCUGUCUGUGGACGUGGACGUGGUCAUGGACGUGGACGUGGACGUGGACGUGGACGUGGACAUGGACGUGGAUGUGGACGUGGACGUGGACCUGGACGUGGACGUGGUCGUGGACGUGGUCGUGGUCGUGGUCGUGGUCGUGGACGAGGACGUGGACAUGGACGUGGAGGACGUGGACGUGGACGUGGAGGUGGCCGUGGACGUGGACGUGGACCUAGACCUGGACGUGGACUUGGACGUGGGCGUGGACGUGGACGUGGACAUGGACGUGGACGUUGACGUGGUCGUGGACGUGGACGUGGACGUGGACGUCGACGUGGUCGUGGAAGUGGGCGUGGACGUGGACGUGGAGGAUGUGGACGUGGACGUGGAGGACGUGGACAUGGACGUGGACUUGGACGUGGACGUGGACGUGGCCGUGGACGUGGACCUGGUCGUGGACGUGGACGUAGACGUGGAUGACAUGGACGUGGACGUGGAGGAUGUGGACGUGGACGUGGACGUGGACGUGGACGUGGACGUGGUCGUGGACGUGGACGUGGACUUGGACGUGGACGUAGACGUGGACUUGGACGUGGACGUGGACGUGGUCGUGGACGUGGACGUGGACGUGGACGUGGUCGUGGACGUGGACGUGGACGUGGACGUGGACGAGGAUGUGGACCUGGAGGUGGACGUGGACGUGGACGUGGUCGUGGAAGUGGACGUGGACGUGGAGGACGUGGACGUGGACGUGGAGGACGUGGACGUGGAUGUGGACGUGGACGUGGACGUGGACCUGGACGUGGACGUGGAACUCGACGUGGACGUGGACGUGGACGUGGUCGUGGAUGUGGACGUGGACGAAGAGGACGUGGACGUGGACGUGGACGUGGUCGUGGAGGUGGACGUGGACGUGGACGUGGACGUGGAGGUGGACGUGGACGUGGACGUGGACGUAGACGUGGACGUGGACGUGGACGUGGACGUGGACGUGGACGUGGACGUGGACGUUGAAGUGGACGUGGACGUUGAAGUGGACGUGGACAUGGACGUGGACGUGGUCGUGGAGGUGGUCGUGGACGUGGACAUGGACGUGGACGUGGACCUGGACGUGGUCGUGGAUGUGGACGUGGACUUGGACGUGGACUUGGACGUGGACUUGGACGUGGACGUGGACGUGGACGUGGUCGUGGACGUGGACGUGGUCGUGGACGUGGUCGUGGACGUGGACGUGGACGUGGACGUGGUUGUGGACGUGGACGUGGACGUUGACGUGGACGAGGACGUGGACGUGGAUGUGGACGUGGACGUGGACGUGGAUCUGGUCGUGGACGUGGACGACGACGUGGCCGUGGACGUGGACGUGGACGUGGACGUGGACGUGGUCGUGGACGUGGACGUGGACGUGGAGGUGGACGUGGACGUGGACGUGGACGUGGUCAUGGAUGUGGACGUGGACGUGGACGUGGACGUGGAUGUGGACGUGGUCAUGGACGUGGACGUGGACGUGGUCAUGGACGUGGACGUGGACGUGGACUUGGACGUGGAUGUGGACAUGGUCUUGGAGGUGGACGUCGACGUGGACGCGGACGUGGACGUGGACGUGGACAUGGACGUGAAGGUGGACGUGGACGUGGACGUGGACGUGGACGUGGUCGUGGACGUGGAUGUGGAUGUGGACAUGGUCGUGGAGGUGGACGUGGACGUGGACGUGGACGUGGUCGUCGACGUGGACGUGGACGUGGUCGUGGACGUGGACGUGGACAUGGUCGUCGACGUGGACGAGGACGUGGUCGUGGACGUGGAGGUGGAGGUGGACGUGGACGUGGACGUGGACGUGGUCGUGGACGUGGACGUAGACGUGGACGUGGAGAUGGUCGUGGACGUGGACGUGGACGUGUACUUGGACGUGGACGUGGACGUGGACUUGGACGUGGACGUGGACGUGGACGAGGACUUGGACGUGGACCUGGACGUGGACGUGGACGUGGACGUGGUCAUGGAAGUGGAUGUUGACGUGGACGUGGACGUGGACUGGGACGUGGAUGUGGACGUGGACGAGGACUUGGACGUGGACCUGGACGUGGACGUGGACGUGGACGUGGUCGUGGAAGUGGACGUGGACGUGGACGUGGACUUGGACGUGGAUGUGGACGUGGACGAGGUCUUGGACGUAGACCUGGACGUGGACGUGGACGUGGACGUGGUCGUGGAAGUGGACGUGGACGUGGACGUGGAUGUGGACGUGGACCUCGACGUGAACGUGGACGUGGACGUCGACGUGGUCAUGGACGUGGACGUGGACAUGGACGUGGACGUGGACGAUGACGUGGACGUCGACAUGGACGUGGAGGAUGUUGAUGUGGACAUGGUCGUGGACGUGGACGUGGAGGUGGACGUGGACGUGGACGUGGACGUGGUCGUGGACGUGGAUGUGGAGGUGGACGUGGACGUGGACGUGGACGUGGACGUGGUCGUGGACGUGGAUGUGGAGGUGGACGUGGACGUGGACGUGGACGUGGACGUGGAUGUGGAUGUGGACGUGGAGGUGGACGUGGACGUGGUCGUGGACGUGGUCGUGGAUGUGGACGUGGAGGUGGACGUGGACGUGGACGUGGACGUGGAGGUGGUCGUGGACGUGGACGUGGACGUGGACGUGGUCGUGGACGGGGAUGUGGACGUGGAAUUGGACGUGGACGUGGUCGUGGAGGUGGACGUGGACGUAGACGUGGUCGUGGAGGUGGACGUGAACGAAGACGUGGACGUGGACGUGGACGUGGACCUGGACGUGGACGUAGACGUGGACGUGGACGUGGUGGUGGACGUGGACGUGGACGUGGACGUAGACGUGGACGUGGACGUGGACGUGGACGUGGUCGUGGACGUGGAAGUGGUCGUGGACGUGGACGUUGAGGUGGACGUGGACGUGGACGUGGUCGUGGAGGUGGUCGUGGACAUGGACGUGGACGUGGACGUGGACGUGGACGUGGACAUGGACGUGGACCUGGACGUGGUCGUGGAUGUGGACGUGGACGUGGAUGUGGACUUGGACGUGGACUUGGACGUGGACGUGGACAUGGACGUGGUCGUGGACAUGGACGUGGACGUGGACGUGGUCGUAGAGGUGGACGUGGACGUGGACGUGGACGUGGUUGUUGACGUGGACGUGGACGUUGACGUGGACGAGGACGUGGACGUGGAUGUGGAGUGGACGUGGACGUGGACGUGGACGUGGAACGUGGACGUGGAGAUGGUCGUGGACGUGGACGAGGACGUGGUCGUGGACGUGGACGUGGACGUAGACGUGGUCGUGGACGUGGACGUGGACUUGGACGUGGACGUGGACGUGGACGUGGUCGUGGACGUGGACGUGGACGUGGACGUGGUUGUGGACGUGGACAAGGACGUGGUCGUGGACGUGGACGUGGAGAUGGACGAGGACGUGGACGUGGACGUGGUUGGGACGUGGACUGGAGUGGACGUGGACGUGGACGUGAACGUGGACCUGGACGUGGACGUGGACUUGGACGUGGACGUGGACGUGGACGUAGACGUGGACGUAGACGUGGACGUGGAGAUGGUCGUGGAGGUGGACGAGGACGUGGUCGUGGACGUGGAUGUGGACGUGGACGUGGACGUGGUUGUGGACGUGGACGUCGACUUGGACGUGGACGUGGACGUGGACGUGGACGUGGUCGUGGACGUGGACGUGGACGUGGAGGUGGACGUGGACGUGGACGUGGACGUGGUCGUGGACGUGGACGUGGACGUGGAUGUGGACGUGGUCAUGGACGUGGACGUGGACGUGGUCAUGGACGUGGACGUGGACGUGGAUGUGGACGUGGUCAUGGACGUGGACGUGGACGUGGUCAUGGACGUGGACUUGGACGUGGACAUGGACAUGGUCUUGGAGGUGGACGUGGACGUGGACGCGGACGUGGACGUGGACGUGGACAUGGACGUGGAGGUGGACGUGGACGUGGACGUGGUCGUGGACGUGGAUGUGGAUGUGGACGUGGUCGUGGAGGUGGACGUGGACGUGGACGUGAACGUGGUCGUCGACGUGGACGUGGACGUGGUCGUGGACGUGGACGUGGACAUGGUCGUCGACGUGGACGAGGACGUGGUCGUGGACGUGGAGGUGGAGGUGGACGUGGACGUGGACGUGGACGUGGUCGUGGACGUAGACGUGGACGUGGAGAUGGUCGUGGACGUGGACGUGGACGUGGACUUGGACGUGGAGGUGGAGGUGGACGUGGACGUGGACGUGGUCGUGGACGUGGACGUAGACGUGGACGUGGAGAUGGUCGUGGACGUGGACGUGGACGUGGACUUGGACGUGGACGUGGACGUGGACGUGGACUUGAACGUGGACGUGGACGUGGACGAGGACUUGGACGUGGACCUGGACGUGGACGUGGACGUGGACGUGGUCGUGGAAGUGGAUGUUGACGUGGACGUGGACGUGGACUUGGACGUGGAUGUGGACGUGGACGAGGACUUGGACGUGGACCUGGACGUGGACGUGGACGUGGACGUGGUCGUGGAAGUGGACGUGGACGUGGACGUGGACGUGGACUUGGACGUGGAUGUGGACGUGGACGAGGUCUUGGACGUGGACCUGGACGUGGACGUGGACGUGGACGUGGUCGUGGAAGUGGACGUGGACGUGGACGUGGAUGUGGACGUGGACCUCGACGUGAACGUGGACGUGGACGUCGACGUGGUCGUGGACGUGGACGUGGACAUGGACGUGGACGUGGACGAUGACGUGGACGUCGACAUGGACGUGGAGGAUGUUGAUGUUGACAUGGUCGUGAACGUGGACGUGGAGGUGGACGUGGACGUGGACGUGGACGUGGUCGUGGACGUGGAUGUGGAGGUGGAGGUGGACGUGGACGUGGACGUGGUUGUGGAUGUGGAUGUGGAGGUGGACGUGGACGUGGUCGUGGACGUGGUCGUGGAUGUGGACGUGGAGGUGGACGUGGACGUGGAUGUGGACGUGGAGGUGGUCGUGGACGUGGACGUGGACGUGGACGUAGACGUGGUCGUGGAGGUGGACGUGAACGUAGACGUGGACGUGGACGUGGACCUGGACGUGGACGUAGACGUGGACGUGGACGUGGUGGUGGACGUGGACGUGGACGUGGACGUAGACGUGGACGUGGACGUGGACGUGGACGUGGUCGUGGACGUGGACGUGGUCGUGGACGUGGACGUUGAGGUGUUCGUGGACGUGGACGUGGUCGUGGAGGUGGUCGUGGACGUGGACAUGGACGUGGACGUGGACCUGGACGUGGUCGUGGAUGUGGACGUGGACGUGGAUGUGGACUUGGACGUGGACUUGGACGUGGACGUGGACAUGGACGUGGUCGUGGACAUGGACGUGGACGUGGACGUGGUCGUAGAGGUGGACGUGGACGUGGACGUGGACGUGGUUGUUGACGUGGAGGUGGAUGUUGACGUGGACGAGGACGUGGACGUGGAUGUGGAUGGAGUGGACGUGGACGUGGACGUGGACGUGAACGUGGACCUGGACGUGGACGUGGACUUGGACGUGGACGUGGACGUGGACGUAGACGUGGACGUAGACGUGGACGUGGAGAUGGUCGUGGAGGUGGACGAGGACGUGGUCGUGGACGUGGACGUGGACGUGGACGUGGUCGUGGACGUGGACGUCGACUUGGACGUGGACGUGGACGUGGACGUGGUCGUGGACGUGGACGUGGACGUGGACGUGGUCGUGGACGUGGACGAGGACGUGGCCGUGGACGUGGACGUGGAGGUGGACGAGGACGUGGAGGUGGACGUGGUCGUGGACGUGGACGUGGACGUGGACGUGGACGUGGACGUGGUCGUGGACGUGGACGUGGACGUGGACGUGGACGUGGUCGUGGACGUGGACGUGGACUUGGACUUGGACGUGGACGUGGACGUGGACGUGGACGUGGACUUGGACGUGGACGUGGACGUGGACGUGGACUUGGACGUGGACGUGGACGUGGAGGUGGAUGUGGACGUGGACCUGGUCGUGGAGGUGGACGUGGACGUGAACGUGGACGUGGACGUGGACGUGGACGUGGACCUGGACGUGGACGUGGAUGUGGACGUGGUCGUGGACGUGGACGUGGAUGUUGACGUGGACGAGGACGUGGACGUGGACAUGGAGGACGUGGACGUGGACGUGGAUGUGAUCGUGGACGUGGACGUGGACGUGGACGUAAACGUGGAGGACGUGGAGGACUUGGACGUGGACGUGGACGUGGACGUGGACGUGGACGUGGUCGUGGAGGUGGACGUGGACGUGGUCGUGGACGUGGUCGUGGAUGUGGACGUGGAGGUGGACGUGGACGUGGACGUGGACGUGGAGGUGGUCGUGGACGUGGACGUGGACGUGGUCGUGGACGGGGAUGUGGACGUGGAAUUGGACGUGGACGUGGUCGUGGAGGUGGACGUGGACGUAGACGUGGUCGUGGAGGUGGACGUGAACGUAGACGUGGACGUGGACGUGGACGUGGACCUGGACGUGGACGUAGACGUGGACGUGGACGUGGUGGUGGACGUGGACGUGGACGUAGACGUGGACGUGGACGUGGACGUGGACGUGGUCGUGGACGUGGACGUGGUCGUGGACGUGGACGUUGAGGUGGACGUGGACGUGGACGUGGACGUGGUCGUGGAGGUGGUCGUGGACGUGGACAUGGACGUGGACGUGGACCUGGACGUGGUCGUGGAUGUGGACGUGGACGUGGAUGUGGACUUGGACGUUGACUUGGACGUGGACGUGGACAUGGACGUGGUCGUGGACAUGGACGUGGACGUGGACGUGGUCGUAGAGGUGGACGUGGACGUGGACGUGGACAUGGACGUGGUUGUUGACGUGGACGUGGACGUUGAUGUGGACGAGGACGUGGACGUGGAUGUGGAGUGGACGUGGACGUGGACGUGGACGUGGAACGUGGACGUGGUCGUGGACGUGGACGUGGACGUGGACGUGGACCUUGACGUCGACGUGGACGUGGACGUGGACGUGGACGUGGACGUGGACGUGGACGUAGACGUGGUCGUGGAGGUGGACGUGAACGUAGACGUGGACGUGGACGUGGACCUGGACGUGGACGUAGACGUGGACGUGGACGUGGUGGUGGACGUGGACGUGGACGUGGACGUAGACGUGGACGUGGACAUGGACGUGGACGUGGUCGUGGACGUGGACGUGGUCGUGGACGUGGACGUUGAGGUGUUCGUGGACGUGGACGUGGUCGUGGAGGUGGUCGUGGACGUGGACAUGGACGUGGACGUGGACCUGGACGUGGUCGUGGAUGUGGACGUGGACGUGGACGUGGACGUGGAUGUGGACUUGGACGUGGACUUGGACGUGGACGUGGACAUGGACGUGGUCGUGGACAUGGACGUGGACGUGGACGUGGUCGUAGAGGUGGACGUGGACGUGGACGUGGACGUGGUUGUUGACGUGGAGGUGGAUGUUGACGUGGACGAGGACGUGGACGUGGAUGUGGAGUGGACGUGGACGUGGACGUGGACGUGGAACGUGGACGUGGAGAUGGUCGUGGACGUGGACGAGGACGUGGUCGUGGACGUGGACGUGGACGUAGACGUGGUCGUGGACGUGGACGUGGACUUGGACGUGGACGUGGACGUGGACGUGGUCGUGGACGUGGACGUGGACGUGGUUGUGGACGUGGACAAGGACGUUGUCGUGGACGUGGACGUGGAGAUGGACGAGGACGUGGACGUGGACGUGGUUGGGACUGGAGUGGACGUGGACGUGGACGUGGACGUGAACGUGGACCUGGACGUGGACGUGGACUUGGACGUGGACGUGGACGUGGACGUAGACGUGGACGUAGACGUGGACGUGGAGAUGGUCGUGGAGGUGGACGAGGACGUGGUCGUGGACGUGGACGUGGACGUGGACGUGGUCGUGGACGUGGACGUCGACUUGGACGUGGACGUGGACGUGGACGUGGUCGUGGACGUGGACGUGGACGUGGACGUGGUCGUGGACGUGGACGAGGACGUGGCCGUGGACGUGGACGUGGAGGUGGACGAGGACGUGGAGGUGGACGUGGUCGUGGACGUGGACGUGGACGUGGACGUGGACGUGGACGUGGUCGUGGACGUGGACGUGGACGUGGACGUGGACGUGGUCGUGGACGUGGACGUGGACUUGGACUUGGACGUGGACGUGGACGUGGACGUGGACGUGGACUUGGACGUGGACGUGGACGUGGACUUGGACGUGGACGUGGACGUGGAGGUGGAUGUGGACGUGGACCUGGUCGUGGAGGUGGACGUGGACGUGAACGUGGACGUGGACGUGGACGUGGACGUGGACCUGGACGUGGACGUGGACGUGGACGUGGUCGUGGACGUGGACGUGGAUGUUGACGUGGACGAGGACGUGGACGUGGACGUGGAGGACGUGGACGUGGACGUGGAUGUGGUCGUGGACGUGGACGUGGACGUGGACGUGGACGUGGAGGACGUGGAGGACUUGGACGUGGACGUGGACGUGGACGUGGACGUGGACGUGGUCGUGGAGGUGGACGUGGACGUGGUCGUGGACGUGGUCGUGGAUGUGGACGUGGAGGUGGACGUGGACGUGGACGUGGACGUGGAGGUGGUCGUGGACGUGGACGUGGACGUGGACGUGGUCGUGGACGGGGAUGUGGACGUGGAAUUGGACGUGGACGUGGUCGUGGAGGUGGACGUGGACGUAGACGUGGUCGUGGAGGUGGACGUGAACGUAGACGUGGACGUGGACGUGGACGUGGACCUGGACGUGGACGUAGACGUGGACGUGGACGUGGUGGUGGACGUGGACGUGGACGUAGACGUGGACGUGGACGUGGACGUGGACGUGGUCGUGGACGUGGACGUGGUCGUGGACGUGGACGUUGAGGUGGACGUGGACGUGGACGUGGUCGUGGAGGUGGUCGUGGACGUGGACAUGGACGUGGACGUGGACCUGGACGUGGUCGUGGAUGUGGACGUGGACGUGGAUGUGGACUUGGACGUGGACUUGGACGUGGACGUGGACAUGGACGUGGUCGUGGACAUGGACGUGGACGUGGACGUGGUCGUAGAGGUGGACGUGGACGUGGACGUGGACGUGGACGUGGUUGUUGACGUGGACGUGGACGUUGAUGUGGACGAGGACGUGGACGUGGAUGUGGAGUGGACGUGGACGUGGACGUGGAACGUGGACGUGGAGAUGGUCGUGGACGUGGACGAGGACGUGGUCGUGGACGUGGACGUGGACGUAGACGUGGUCGUGGACGUGGACGUGGACUUGGACGUGGACGUGGACGUGGACGUGGACGUGGUCGUGGACGUGGACGUGGACGUGGACGUGGUUGUGGACGUGGACAAGGACGUGGUCGUGGACGUGGACGUGGAGAUGGACGAGGACGUGGACGUGGACGUGGUUGGGACUGGAGGGGACGUGGACGUGGACGUGGACGUGAACGUGGACCUGGACGUGGACGUGGACUUGGACGUGGACGUGGACGUGGACGUAGACGUGGACGUAGACGUGGACGUGGAGAUGGUCGUGGAGGUGGACGAGGACGUGGUCGUGGACGUGGACGUGGACGUGGACGUGGUCGUGGACGUGGACGUCGACUUGGACGUGGACGUGGACGUGGACGUGGUCGUGGACGUGGACGUGGACGUGGAGGUGGACGUGGACGUGGACGUGGACGUGGUCAUGGACGUGGACGUGGACGUGGAUGUGGACGUGGUCAUGGACGUGGACGUGGUCAUGGACGUGGACUUGGACGUGGAUGUGGACAUGGUCUUGGAGGUGGACGUGGACGUGGACGCGGACGUGGACGUGGACGUGGACAUGGACGUGGAGGUGGACGUGGACGUGGACGUGGUCGUGGACGUGGACGUGGACGUGGACGUGGUCGUGGAGGUGGACGUGGACGUGGACGUGGACUUGGACGUGGACGUGGACGUGGACGUGGUCGUGGACGUGGACGUGGACGUGGACGUGGACGUGGACAAGGACGUUGUCGUGGACGUGGACGUGGAGAUGGACGAGGACGUGGACGUGGACGUGGUUGGGACUGGAGUGGACGUGGACGUGGACGUGGACGUGAACGUGGACCUGGACGUGGACGUGGACUUGGACGUGGACGUGGACGUGGACGUAGACGUGGACGUAGACGUGGACGUGGAGAUGGUCGUGGAGGUGGACGAGGACGUGGUCGUGGACGUGGACGUGGACGUGGACGUGGUCGUGGACGUGGACGUCGACUUGGACGUGGACGUGGACGUGGACGUGGUCGUGGACGUGGACGUGGACGUGGACGUGGUCGUGGACGUGGACGAGGACGUGGCCGUGGACGUGGACGUGGAGGUGGACGAGGACGUGGAGGUGGACGUGGUCGUGGACGUGGACGUGGACGUGGACGUGGACGUGGUCGUGGACGUGGACGUGGACGUGGACGUGGACGUGGUCGUGGACGUGGACGUGGACUUGGACUUGGACGUGGACGUGGACGUGGACGUGGACGUGGACGUGGACGUGGACGUGGACGUGGACGUGGACGUGGACGUGGACUUGGACGUGGACGUGGACGUGGAGGUGGAUGUGGACGUGGACCUGGUCGUGGAGGUGGACGUGGACGUGAACGUGGACGUGGACGUGGACGUGGACGUGGACGUGGACCUGGACGUGGACGUGGACGUGGACGUGGUCGUGGACGUGGACGUGGAUGUUGACGUGGACGAGGACGUGGACGUGGACGUGGAGGACGUGGACGUGGACGUGGAUGUGGUCGUGGACGUGGACGUGGACGUGGACGUGGAGGACGUGGAGGACUUGGACGUGGACGUGGACGUGGACGUGGACGUGGACGUGGUCGUGGAGGUGGACGUGGACGUGGUCGUGGACGUGGUCGUGGAUGUGGACGUGGAGGUGGACGUGGACGUGGACGUGGACGUGGAGGUGGUCGUGGACGUGGACGUGGACGUGGACGUGGUCGUCGACGGGGAUGUGGACGUGGAAUUGGACGUGGACGUGGUCGUGGAGGUGGACGUGGACGUAGACGUGGUCGUGGAGGUGGACGUGAACGUAGACGUGGACGUGGACGUGGACGUGGACCUGGACGUGGACGUAGACGUGGACGUGGACGUGGUGGUGGACGUGGACGUGGACGUAGACGUGGACGUGGACGUGGACGUGGACGUGGUCGUGGACGUGGACGUGGUCGUGGACGUGGACGUUGAGGUGGACGUGGACGUGGACGUGGUCGUGGAGGUGGUCGUGGACGUGGACAUGGACGUGGACGUGGACCUGGACGUGGUCGUGGAUGUGGACGUGGACGUGGAUGUGGACUUGGACGUGGACUUGGACGUGGACGUGGACAUGGACGUGGUCGUGGACAUGGACGUGGACGUGGACGUGGUCGUAGAGGUGGACGUGGACGUGGACGUGGACGUGGUUGUUGACGUGGACGUGGACGUUGAUGUGGACGAGGACGUGGACGUGGAUGUGGAGUGGACGUGGACGUGGACUUGGAACGUGGACGUGGAGAUGGUCGUGGACGUGGACGAGGACGUGGUCGUGGACGUGGACGUGGACGUAGACGUGGUCGUGGACGUGGACGUGGACUUGGACGUGGACGUGGACGUGGACGUGGACGUGGUCGUGGACGUGGACGUGGACGUGGACGUGGUUGUGGACGUGGACAAGGACGUGGUCGUGGACGUGGACGUGGAGAUGGACGAGGACGUGGACGUGGACGUGGUUGGGACUGGAGUGGACGUGGACGUGGACGUGGACGUGAACGUGGACCUGGACGUGGACGUGGACUUGGACGUGGACGUGGACGUGGACGUAGACGUGGACGUAGACGUGGACGUGGAGAUGGUCGUGGAGGUGGACGAGGACGUGGUCGUGGACGUGGACGUGGACGUGGACGUGGUCGUGGACGUGGACGUCGACUUGGACGUGGACGUGGACGUGGACGUGGUCGUGGACGUGGACGUGGACGUGGAGGUGGACGUGGACGUGGACGUGGACGUGGUCAUGGACGUGGACGUGGACGUGGAUGUGGACGUGGUCAUGGACGUGGACGUGGACGUGGUCAUGGACGUGGACUUGGACGUGGAUGUGGACAUGGUCUUGGAGGUGGACGUGGACGUGGACGCGGACGUGGACGUGGACGUGGAAAUGGACGUGGAGGUGGACGUGGACGUGGACGUGGUCGUGGACGUGGAUGUGGAUGUGGACGUGGUCGUGGAGGUGGACGUGGACGUGGACGUGGACGUGGACAUGGUCGUCGACGUGGACGUGGACGUGGUCGUGGACGUGGACGUGGAUGUUGACGUGGACGAGGACGUGGACGUGGACAUGGUCGUCGACGUGGACGAGGACGUGGUCGUGGACGUGGAGGUGGAGGUGGACGUGGACGUGGACGUGGUCGUGGACGUGGACGUAGACGUGGACGUGGAGAUGGUCGUGGACGUGGACGUGGACGUGGACUUGGACGUGGAGGUGGAGGUGGACGUGGACGUGGACGUGGUCGUGGACGUGGACGUAGACGUGGACGUGGAGAUGGUCGUGGACGUGGACGUGGACGUGGACUUGGACGUGGACGUGGACGUGGACGUGGACGUGGACUUGGACGUGGACGUGGACGAGGACUUGGACGUGGACCUGGACAUGGACGUGGACGUGGACGUGGUCGUGGAAGUGGAUGUUGACGUGGACGUGGACGUGGACUUGGACGUGGAUGUGGACGUGGACGAGGACUUGGACGUGGACCUGGACGUGGACGUGGACGUGGACGUGGUCGUGGAAGUGGACGUGGACGUGGACGUGGACUUGGACGUGGAUGUGGACGUGGACGAGGUCUUGGACGUGGACCUGGACGUGGACGUGGACGUGGACGUGGUCGUGGAAGUGGACGUGGACGUGGACGUGGAUGUGGACUUGGACCUCGACGUGAACGUGGACGUGGACGUCGACGUGGUCGUGGACGUGGACGUGGACAUGGACGUGGACGUGGACGAUGACGUGGACGUCGACAUGGACGUGGAGGAUGUUGAUGUGGACAUGGUCGUGGACGUGGACGUGGAGGUGGACGUGGACGUGGACGUGGACGUGGUCGUGGACGUGGAUGUGGAGGUGGACGUGGACGUGGACGUGGACGUGGUUGUGGAUGUGGACGUGGAGGUGGACGUGGACGUGGUCGUGGACGUGGUUGUGGAUGUGGACGUGGAGGUGGACGUGGACGUGGAUGUGGACGUGGAGGUGGUCGUGGACGUGGACGUGGACGUGGACGUGGACGUGGUCGUGGACGGGGAUGUGGACGUGGAAUUGGACGUGGACCUGGACUUGGACGUGGACGUGGACGUGGACGUGGUCGUGGAGGUGGACGUGAACGUAGACGUGGACGUGGACGUGGACCUGGACGUGGACGUAGACGUGGACGUGGACGUGGUGGUGGACGUGGACGUGGACGUGGACGUAGACGUGGACGUGGACGUGGACGUGGACGUGGUCGUGGACGUGGACGUGGUCGUGGACGUGGACGUUGAGGUGUUCGUAGACGUGGACGUGGUCGUGGAGGUGGUCGUGGACGUGGACAUGGACGUGGACGUGGACCUGGACGUGGUCGUGGAUGUGGACGUGGACGUGGAUGUGGACUUGGACGUGGACUUGGACGUGGACGUGGACAUGGACAUGGUCGUGGACAUGGACGUGGACGUGGACGUGGUCGUAGAGGUGGACGUGGACGUGGACGUGGACGUGGUUGUUGAUGUGGAGGUGGAUGUUGACGUGGACGAGGACGUGGACGUGGAUGUGGAUGGAGUGGACGUGGACGUGGACGUGGACGUGAACGUGGACCUGGACGUGGACGUGGACUUGGACGUGGACGUGGACGUGGACGUAGACGAUGACGUAGACGUGGACGUGGAGAUGGUCGUGGAGGUGGACGAGGACGUGGUCGUGGACGUGGACGUGGACGUGGACGUGUUCGUGGACGUGGACGUCGACUUGGACGUAGACGUGGACCUGGACGUGGUCGUGGACGUGGACGUGGACGUGGUCGUGGACGUGGAUGAGGACGUGGCCGUGGACGUGGACGUGGAGGUGGACGAGGACGUGGAGGUGGACGUGGUCGUGGACGUGGACGUGGACGUGGACGUGGACGUGGUCGUGGACGUGGACGUGGACGUGGACGUGGACGUGGUCGUGGACGUGGACGUGGACUUGGACUUGGACGUGGACGUGGACGUGGACGUGGACUUGGACGUGGACGUGGACGUGGACGUGGACUUGGACGUGGACGUGGACGUGGAGGUGGAUGUGGACGUGGACCUGGUCGUGGAGGUGGACGUGGACGUGAACGUGGACGUGGACGUGGACCUGGACGUGGACGUGGACGUGGUCGUGGACGUGGACGUGGAUGUUGACGUGGACGAGGACGUGGACGUGGACGUGGAGGACGUGGACGUGGACGUGGAUGUGGUCGUGGACGUGGACGUGGACGUGGACGUGGAGGACGUGGAGGACUUGGACGUGGACGUGGACGUGGACGUGGACGUGGACUUGGACGUGGACGUGGACAUGGUCGUGGAGGUGGACGUGGACGUGGACGCGGACGUGGACGUGGUCGCGGACGUGGACGUGGACAUGGACGUGGAGGUGGACGUGGACGUGGACGUGGACGUGGACGUGGUCGUGGACGUGGACGUGAUGGUCGUGGACGUGGAUGAGGACGUGGUCGUGGACGUGGACGUGGAGGUGGACGUGGACGUGGACGUGGACGUGGACGUGGUCGUGGACGUGGACGUAGACGUGGACGUGGAGAUGGUCGUGGACGUGGAAGUGGACGUGGACUUGGAUGUGGACGUGGACGUGGACGUGGAUGUGGACGUGGACCUGGACGUGGACGUGGACGUGGACGUGGUCGUGGACGUGGACGUGGAUGUUGACGUGGACGAGGACGUGGACGUGGACGUGGAGGACGUGGACGUGGACGUGGAUGUGGUCGUGGAUGUGGACGUGGACGUGGACGUGGAGGACGUGGAGGACUUGGACGUGGACGUGGACGUGGACGUGGACGUGGACGUGGACUUGGACGUGGACGUGGACAUGGUCGUGGAGGUGGACGUGGACGUGGACGCGGACGUGGACGUGGACGCGGACGUGGACGUGGACGUGGACGCGGACGUGGACGUGGACAUGGACGUGGAGGUGGACGUGGACGUGGACGUGGACGUGGACGUGGUCGUGGACGUGGACGUGAUGGUCGUGGACGUGGAUGAGGACGUGGUCGUGGACGUGGACGUGGAGGUGGACAUGGACGUGGACGUGGACGUGGUCGUGGACGUGGACGUAGACGUGGACGUGGAGAUGGUCGUGGACGUGGAAGUGGACGUGGACUUGGAUGUGGACGUGGACGUGGACGUGGACGUGGACAUGGACGUGGACGUGGACCUGGACGUGGACGUGGACGUGGUCGUAGAAGUGGACAUGGACGUGGACGUGGACUUGGACGUGGAUGUGGACGUGGACGAGGACUUGGACGUGGACCUGGACGUGGACGUGGACGUGGUCGUGGAAGUGGACGUGGACGUGGACGUGGACGUGGACUUGGACUUGGACGUGGAUGUGGACGUGGACGAGGACUUGGACGUGGACCUGGACGUGGACGUGGACGUGGACGUGGACGUGGUCGUGGAAGUGGACGUGGACGUGGACGUGGACGUGGACCUUGACGUGAAUGUGGACGUGGACGUCGACGUGGUCGUGGACGUGGACGUGGACAUGGACGUGGACGUGGACGAUGACGUGGACGUCGACGUGGACGUGGAGGAUGUUGAUGUGGAAAUGGUCGUGGACGUGGACGUGGACGUGGACGUGGACGUUGUCGUGGACGUGGAUGUGGAGGUGGAUGUGGACGUGGACGUGGACGUGGUCGUGGACGUGGACGUGGAGGUGGACGUGGACGUGGUCGUGGACGUGGUCGUGGAUGUGGACGUGGAGAUGGACGUGGACGUGGACGUGGACGUGGUCGUGGACGUGGACGUGGACGUGGUCGUGGACGGGGAUGUGGACGUGGACUUGGACGGGGACCUGGACUUGGACGUGGACGUGGACGUGGACGUGGUCGUGGAGGUGGACGUGGACGUAGACGUGGACGUGGAGGUGGACGUGGACAUAGACGUGGACGUGGACGUGGACGUGGACCUGGACGUGGACGCGGACGUGGACGUGGUCGUGGACGUGGACGUGGACGUUGACGUGGACGAGGACGUGGACGUGGACGUGGAGGACGUGGACGUGGACGUGGAUGUGGUCGUGGACGUGGACGUGGACGUGAAGGACGUGGAGGACUUGGACAUGGAUGUGGACGUGGACGUGGACGUGGACGUGGACGUGGUCGUGGACGUGGACGUGGACGUAGACGUGGACGUGGAGGUGGACGUGAACGUGGACGUGGACGUGGAAGUGGACGUGGUCGUGGACGUGGACGUGGACGUAGACGUGGACGUGGAGGUGGACGUGAACGUGGACAUGGACGUGGUCGUGGACGUGGACGUGGACGUGGACAUGGACGUGGACGUGGAGGUGGACGUGGACGUGGACGUGGACGUGGUCGUGGAGGUGGUCGUGGACGUUGAAGUGGACGUGGACGUGGACCUGGACGUGGUCGUGGAUGAGGACGUGGACGUGGAUGUGGACUUGGACGUGGACUUGGACGUGGACGUGGACGUGGACGUGGUCGUGGACGUGGACUUGGACGUGGACUUGGACGUGGACGUGGACGUGGACGUGGUCGUGGACGUGGACUUGGACGUGGACUUGGACGUGGACGUGGACGUGGACGUGGUCGUGGACAUGGACGUGGACGUGGACGUGGUCGUAGACGUGGACGUGGACGUGGACGUGGACGUGGUUGUGGACGUGGACGUGGACGUUGACGUGGACGGGGACGUGGACGUGGAGAUGGUCGUGGACGUGGACGAGGACGUGGUCGUGGACGUGGACGUGGACGUGGACGUGGACGUGGUCGUGGACGUGGACGUGGACGUGGAGGUGGACGUGGACGUGGAUGUGGACGUGGUCAUGGACGUGGACGUGGACGUGGAUGUGGACGUGGUCCUGGACGUGGACGUGGACGUGGUCAUGGACGUGGACGUGGACGUGGACUUGGACGUGGAUGUGGACAUGGUCUUGGAGGUGGCCGUGGACGUGGACGCGGGCGUGGACGUGGACGUGGACAUGGACGUGGAGGUGGACGUGGACGUGGACGUGGACAUGGUCGUGGACGUGGAUGUGGAUGUGGACGUGGUCGUGGAGGUGGACGUGGACGUGGACGUGGACGUGGUCGUCGACGUGGACGUGGACGUGGUCGUGGACGUGGACGUGGACAUGGUCGUCAACGUGGACGAGGACGUGGUCGUGGACGUGGACGUGGAGGUGGACGUGGACGUGGACGUGGACGUGGUCGUGGACGUGGACGUAGACGUGGACGUGGAGAUGGUCGUGGACGUGGACGUGGACGUGGACUUGGACGUGGACGUGGACGUGGACUUGGACGUGGACGUGGACGUGGACAAGGACGUGGUCGUGGACGUGGACGUGGACGUGGACGUGGACCUGGACGUGGACGUGGACGUGGACGUGGACCUGGACGUGGACGUGGACGUGGACGUGGUCGUGGAAGUGGAUGUUGACGUGGACAUGGACGUGGACUUGGACGUGGAUGUGGACGUGGACGAGGACUUGGACGUGGACCUGGACGUGGACGUGGACGUGGACGUGGUCGUGGAAGUGGACGUGGACGUGGACGUGGACGUGGACUUGGACGUGGAUGUGGACAUGGACGAGGACUUGGACGUGGACCUGGACGUGGACGUGGACGUGGACGUGGUCGUGGAAGUGGACGUGGACGUGGACGUGGACGUGGAUGUGGACGUGGACCUCGAGGUGAACGUGGACGUGGACGUCGACGUGGUCGUGGACGUGGACGUGGACAUGGACGUGGACGUGGACGAUGACGUGGACGUCGACAUGUACGUGGAGGAUGUUGAUGUGGACAUGGUCGUGGACGUGGACGUGGAGGUGGACGUGGACGUGGACGUGGACGUGGACGUGGUCGUGGACGAAGAUGUGGAGGUGGACGUGGACGUGGACGUGGACGUGGACGUGGUCGUGGACGUGGAUGUGGAGGUGGACGUGGACGUGGUCGUGGACGUGGUCGUGGAUGUGGACGUGGAGGUGGACGUGGACGUGGACGUGGACGUGGAGGUGGUCGUGGACGUGGACGUGGACGUGGGCGUGGUCGUGGACGGAGAUGUGGACGUGGACUUGGACGUGGACCUGGACUUGGACGUGGACGUGGACGUUGACGUGGUCGUGGAGGUGGACGUGAACGUAGACGUGGACGUGGACGUGAACGUGGACCUGGACGUGGACGUAGACGUGGACGUGGACGUGUUGGUGGACGUGGACGUGGACGUGGACGUAGACGUGGACGUGGACGUGGACGUGGUCGUGGACGUGGACGUGGUAGUGGACGUGGACGUUGAGGUGGACGUGGACGUGGACGUGGACGUGGUCGUGGAGGUGGUCGUGGACGUGGACAUGGACGUGGUUGUUGACGUGGACGUGGACGUUGACGUGGACGAGGACGUGGACGUGGAUGUGGAGUGGACGUGGACGUGGACGUGGACGUGUAGUGGACCUGGACGUGGACGUGGACGUGGACGAGGACGUGGACGUGGACGUGGAGUGGACGUGGAUGUGGACGUGAACGUGGACCUGGACGUGGACGUGGACUUGGACGUGGACGUGGACGUAGACGUGGACGUGGAGAUGGUCGUGGACGUGGACGAGGACGUGGUCGUGGACGUGGACGUCGACGUGGUCGUGGACGUGGACGUGGACGUGGACGUGGACGUGGACGUGGAUGUGGACGUGGUCGUGGACGUGGACAAGGACGUGGUCGUGGACGUGGACGUGGAGGUGGACGAGGACGUGGACGUGGACGUGGACGUGGUCGUGGACGUGGACGUGGACGUGGACGUGGUCGUGGACGUGGACGUCGACUUGGACGUGGACGUGGACGUGGACGUGGUCGUGGACGUGGACGUGGACGUGGUCGUGGACGUGGACGAGGACGUGGCCGUGGACGUGGACGUGGAGGUGGACGAGGACAUGGAGGUGGACGUGGUCGUGGACGUGGACGUGGACGUGGACGUGGACGUGGUCGUGGACGUGGACGUGGACGUGGACGUGGACGUGGUCGUGGACGUGGACGUGGACUUGGACUUGGACGUGGACGUGGACGUGGACGUGGACGUGGACUUGGACGUGGACGUGGACGUGGACGUGGACGUGGACGUGGUCGUGGACGUGGAUGUCGACUUGGACGUGGACGUGGACGUGGACGUGGUCGUGGACGUGGACGUGGACGUGGUCGUGGACGUGGACGAGGACGUGGCCGUGGACGUGGACGUGGAAGUGGACGAGGACGUGGAGGUGGACGUGGUCGUGGACGUGGACGUGGACGUGGACGUGGACGUGGACGUGGACGUGGACGUGGACGUGGACGUGGACGUGGUCGUGGACGUGGACGUGGACUUGGACUUGGACGUGGACGUGGACGUGGACGUGGACUUGGACGUGGACGUGGACGUGGACGUGGACUUGGACGUGGACGUGGACGUGGAGGUGGACGUGGACGUGGACCUGGUCAUGGAGGUGGACGUGGACGUGGAUGUGGACGUGGACCUGGACGUGGACGUGGACGUGGACGUGGUCGUGGACGUGGACGUGGAUGUUGACGUGGACGAGGACGUGGACGUGGACGUGGAGGACGUGGACGUGGACGUGGAUGUGGUCGUGGACGUGGACGUGGACGUGGACGUGGAGGACGUGGAGGACUUGGACGCGGACGUGGACGUGGACGUGGACGUGGACUUGGACGUGGACGUGGACAUGGUCGUGGAGGUGGACGUGGACGUGGACGCGGACGUGGACGUGGACGCGGACGUGGACGUGGACAUGGACGUGGAGGUGGACGUGGACGUGGACGUGGACGUGGUCGUGGACGUGGACGUGAUGGUCGUGGACGUGGAUGAGGACGUGGUCGUGGACGUGGACGUGGAGGUGGACGUGGACGUGGACGUGGUCGUGGUCAUGGACGUGGACGUAGACGUGGACGUGGAGAUGGUCGUGGACGUGGAAGUGGACGUGGACUUGGAUGUGGACGUGGACGUGGACGUGGACGUGGACUUGGACGUGGACAUGGACCUGGACGUGGAUGUGGACGUGCUCGUAGAAGUGGACGUGGACGUGGACGUGGACGUGGACUUGGACGUGGAUGUGGACGUGGACGAGGACUUGGACGUGGACCUGGACGUGGACGUGGACGUGGUCGUGGAAGUGGACGUGGACGUGGACGUGGACGCGAACCUCGACAUGAAUGUGGACGUGGACGUCGACGUGGUCGUGGACGUGGACGUGGACAUGGACGUGGACGUGGACGAUGACGUGGACGUCGACGUGGACGUGGAGGAUGUUGAUGUGGACAUGGUCGUGGACGUGGACGUGGACGUGGACGUGGUCGUGGACGUGGAUGUGGAGGUGGAUGUGGACGUGGACGUGGACGUGGUCGUGGACGUGGACGUGGAGGUGGACGUGGAAGUGGUCGUGGACGUGGUCGUGGAUGUGGACGUGGAGAUGGACGUGGACGUGGACGUGGACGUGGUCGUGGACGUGGACGUGGACGUGGACGUGGUCGUGGACGGGGAUGUGGACGUGGACUUGGACGGGGACCUGGACUUGGACGUGGACGUAGACGUGGACGUGGUCGUGGAGGUGAACGUGGACGUAGACGUGGACGUGGAGGUGGACGUGGACAUAGACGUGGACGUGGACGUGGACGUGGACCUGGACGUGGACGUGGACGUGGACGUGAUCGUGGACGUGGACGUGGACGUUGACAUGGACGAGGACGUGGACGUGGACGUGGAGGACGUGGACGUGGACGUGGAUGUGGUCGUGGACGUGGACGUGGACGUGGAGGACGUGGAGGACUUGGACGUGGACGUGGACGUGGACGUGGUCGUGGACGUGGAUGUGGACGUAGACGUGGACGUGGAGGUGGACGUGAACGUGGACGUGGACGUGGACGUGGACGUGGACGUGGUCGUGGACGUGGACGUGGACGUAGACGUGGACGUGGAGGUGGACGUGAACGUGGACAUGGACGUGGUCGUGGACGUGGACGUGGACGUGGACGUGGACGUGGUCGCGGACGUGGACGUUGAAGUGGACGUGGACAUGGACGUGGACGUGGUCGUGGAGGUGGUCGUGGACGUGGACAUGGACGUGGACGUGGACCUGGACGUGGUCGUGGAUGUGGACGUGGACGUGGAUGUGGACUUGGACGUGGACUUGGACGUGGACGUGGACGUGGACGUGGUCGUGGACAUGGACGUGGACGUGGACGUGGUCGUAGACGUGGACGUGGAUGUGGACGUGGACGUGGUUGUGGACGUGGACGUGGACGUUGACGUGGACGAGGACGUGGACGUGGAUGACGUGGACGUGGACGUGAACGUGGACCUGGACGUGGACGUGGACGAGGACGUGGACGUGGACGUGGACGUGGACGUGGACGUGGACGUGGAGAUGGUCGUGGACGUGGACGAGGACGUGGUCGUGGACGUGGACGUGGACGUGGACGUGGUCGUGGACGUGGACGUGGAGGUGGACGUGGACGUGGACGUGGACGUGGUCAUGGAUGUGGACGUGGACGUGGAUGUGGACGUGGUCAUGGACGUGGACGUGGACGUGGUCAUGGACGUGGACGUGGACGUGGACUUGGACGUGGAUGUGGACAUGGUCUUGGAGGUGGACGUGGACGUGGACGUGGACGUGGACUUGGACGUGGACUUGGACGUGGACGUGGACGAGGACUUGGACGUGGACCUGGACAUGGACGUGGACGUGGACGUGGUCGUGGAAGUGGAUGUUGACGUGGACGUGGACGUGGACUUGGACGUGGAUGUGGACGUGGACGAGGACUUGGACGUGGACCUGGACGUGGACGUGGACGUGGACGUGGUCGUGGAAGUGGACGUGGACGUGGACGUGGACUUGGACGUGGAUGUGGACGUGGACGAGGUCUUGGACGUGGACCUGGACGUGGACGUGGACGUGGACGUGGUCGUGGAAGUGGACGUGGACGUGGACGUGGAUGUGGACUUGGACCUCGACGUGAACGUGGACGUGGACGUCGACGUGGUCGUGGACGUGGACGUGGACAUGGACGUGGACGUGGACGAUGACGUGGACGUCGACAUGGACGUGGAGGAUGUUGAUGUGGACAUGGUCGUGGACGUGGACGUGGAGGUGGACGUGGACGUGGACGUGGACGUGGUCGUGGAUGUGGAGGUGGACGUGGACGUGGACGUGGACGUGGUUGUGGAUGUGGACGUGGAGGUGGACGUGGACGUGGUCGUGGACGUGGUUGUGGAUGUGGACGUGGAGGUGGACGUGGACGUGGAUGUGGACGUGGAGGUGGUCGUGGACGUGGACGUGGACGUGGACGUGGACGUGGUCGUGGACGGGGAUGUGGACGUGGAAUUGGACGUGGACCUGGACUUGGACGUGGACGUGGACGUGGACGUGGUCGUGGAGGUGGACGUGAACGUAGACGUGGACGUGGACGUGGACCUGGACGUGGACGUAGACGUGGACGUGGACGUGGUGGUGGACGUGGACGUGGACGUGGACGUAGACGUGGACGUGGACGUGGACGUGGACGUGGUCGUGGACGUGGACGUGGUCGUGGACGUGGACGUUGAGGUGUUCGUAGACGUGGACGUGGUCGUGGAGGUGGUCGUGGACGUGGACAUGGACGUGGACGUGGACCUGGACGUGGUCGUGGAUGUGGACGUGGACGUGGAUGUGGACUUGGACGUGGACUUGGACGUGGACGUGGACAUGGACAUGGUCGUGGACAUGGACGUGGACGUGGACGUGGUCGUAGAGGUGGACGUGGACGUGGACGUGGACGUGGUUGUUGAUGUGGAGGUGGAUGUUGACGUGGACGAGGACGUGGACGUGGAUGUGGAGUGGACGUGGACGUGGACGUGGACGUGGAACGUGGACGUGGAGAUGGUCGUGGACGUGGACGAGGACGUGGUCGUGGACGUGGACGUGGACGUAGACGUGGUCGUGGACGUGGACGUGGACUUGGACGUGGACGUGGACGUGGACGUGGUCGUGGACGUGGACGUGGACGUGGACGUGGUUGUGGACGUGGACAAGGACGUGGUCGUGGACGUGGACGUGGAGAUGGACGAGGACGUGGACGUGGACGUGGUUGGGACUGGAGUGGACGUGGACGUGGACGUGGACGUGAACGUGGACCUGGACGUGGACGUGGACUUGGACGUGGACGUGGACGUGGACGUAGACGAUGACGUAGACGUGGACGUGGAGAUGGUCGUGGAGGUGGACGAGGACGUGGUCGUGGACGUGGACGUGGACGUCGACGUGUUCGUGGACGUGGACGUCGACUUGGACGUAGACGUGGACCUGGACGUGGUCGUGGACGUGGACGUGGACGUGGUCGUGGACGUGGAUGAGGACGUGGCCGUGGACGUGGACGUGGAGGUGGACGAGGACGUGGAGGUGGACGUGGUCGUGGACGUGGACGUGGACGUGGACGUGGACGUGGUCGUGGACGUGGACGUGGACGUGGACGUGGACGUGGUCGUGGACGUGGACGUGGACUUGGACUUGGACGUGGACGUGGACGUGGACGUGGACUUGGACGUGGACGUGGACGUGGACUUGGACGUGGACGUGGACGUGGAGGUGGAUGUGGACGUGGACCUGGUCGUGGAGGUGGACGUGGACGUGAACGUGGACGUGGACGUGGACCUGGACGUGGACGUGGACGUGGUCGUGGACGUGGACGUGGAUGUUGACGUGGACGAGGACGUGGACGUGGACGUGGAGGACGUGGACGUGGACGUGGAUGUGGUCGUGGACGUGGACGUGGACGUGGACGUGGACGUGGAGGACGUGGAGGACUUGGACGUGGACGUGGACGUGGACGUGGACGUGGACUUGGACGUGGACGUGGACAUGGUCGUGGAGGUGGACGUGGACGUGGACGCGGACGUGGACGUGGUCGCGGACGUGGACGUGGACAUGGACGUGGAGGUGGACGUGGACGUGGACGUGGACGUGGACGUGGUCGUGGACGUGGACGUGAUGGUCGUGGACGUGGAUGAGGACGUGGUCGUGGACGUGGACGUGGAGGUGGACGUGGACGUGGACGUGGACGUGGACGUGGUCGUGGACGUGGACGUAGAUGUGGACGUGGAGAUGGUCGUGGACGUGGAAGUGGACGUGGACUUGGAUGUGGACGUGGACGUGGACGUGGAUGUGGACGUGGACCUGGACGUGGACGUGGACGUGGACGUGGUCGUGGACGUGGACGUGGAUGUUGACGUGGACGAGGACGUGGACGUGGACGUGGAGGACGUGGACGUGGACGUGGAUGUGGUCGUGGAUGUGGACGUGGACGUGGACGUGGAGGACGUGGAGGACUUGGACGUGGACGUGGACGUGGACGUGGACGUGGACGUGGACUUGGACGUGGACGUGGACAUGGUCGUGGAGGUGGACGUGGACGUGGACGCGGACGUGGACGUGGACGCGGACGUGGACGUGGACGUGGACGCGGACGUGGACGUGGACAUGGACGUGGAGGUGGACGUGGACGUGGACGUGGACGUGGACGUGGUCGUGGACGUGGACGUGAUGGUCGUGGACGUGGAUGAGGACGUGGUCGUGGACGUGGACGUGGAGGUGGACAUGGACGUGGACGUGGACGUGGUCGUGGACGUGGACGUAGACGUGGACGUGGAGAUGGUCGUGGACGUGGAAGUGGACGUGGACUUGGAUGUGGACGUGGACGUGGACGUGGACGUGGACAUGGACGUGGACGUGGACCUGGACGUGGACGUGGACGUGGUCGUAGAAGUGGACAUGGACGUGGACGUGGACUUGGACGUGGAUGUGGACGUGGACGAGGACUUGGACGUGGACCUGGACGUGGACGUGGACGUGGUCGUGGAAGUGGACGUGGACGUGGACGUGGACGUGGACUUGGACUUGGACGUGGAUGUGGACGUGGACGAGGACUUGGACGUGGACCUGGACGUGGACGUGGACGUGGACGUGGACGUGGUCGUGGAAGUGGACGUGGACGUGGACGUGGACGUGGACCUUGACGUGAAUGUGGACGUGGACGUCGACGUGGUCGUGGACGUGGACGUGGACAUGGACGUGGACGUGGACGAUGACGUGGACGUCGACGUGGACGUGGAGGAUGUUGAUGUGGAAAUGGUCGUGGACGUGGACGUGGACGUGGACGUGGACGUUGUCGUGGACGUGGAUGUGGAGGUGGAUGUGGACGUGGACGUGGACGUGGUCGUGGACGUGGACGUGGAGGUGGACGUGGACGUGGUCGUGGACGUGGUCGUGGAUGUGGACGUGGAGAUGGACGUGGACGUGGACGUGGACGUGGUCGUGGACGUGGACGUGGACGUGGUCGUGGACGGGGAUGUGGACGUGGACUUGGACGGGGACCUGGACUUGGACGUGGACGUGGACGUGGACGUGGUCGUGGAGGUGGACGUGGACGUAGACGUGGACGUGGAGGUGGACGUGGACAUAGACGUGGACGUGGACGUGGACGUGGACCUGGACGUGGACGCGGACGUGGACGUGGUCGUGGACGUGGACGUGGACGUUGACGUGGACGAGGACGUGGACGUGGACGUGGAGGACGUGGACGUGGACGUGGAUGUGGUCGUGGACGUGGACGUGGACGUGAAGGACGUGGAGGACUUGGACAUGGAUGUGGACGUGGACGUGGACGUGGACGUGGACGUGGUCGUGGACGUGGACGUGGACGUAGACGUGGACGUGGAGGUGGACGUGAACGUGGACGUGGACGUGGAAGUGGACGUGGUCGUGGACGUGGACGUGGACGUAGACGUGGACGUCGAGGUGGACGUGAACGUGGACAUGGACGUGGUCGUGGACGUGGACGUGGACGUGGACGUGGACAUGGACGUGGACGUGGAGGUGGACGUGGACGUGGACGUGGACGUGGUCGUGGAGGUGGUCGUGGACGUUGAAGUGGACGUGGACGUGGACCUGGACGUGGUCGUGGAUGAGGACGUGGACGUGGAUGUGGACUUGGACGUGGACUUGGACGUGGACGUGGACGUGGACGUGGUCGUGGACGUGGACUUGGACGUGGACUUGGACGUGGACGUGGACGUGGACGUGGUCGUGGACGUGGACUUGGACGUGGACUUGGACGUGGACGUGGACGUGGACGUGGUCGUGGACAUGGACGUGGACGUGGACGUGGUCGUAGACGUGGACGUGGACGUGGACGUGGACGUGGUUGUGGACGUGGACGUGGACGUUGACGUGGACGGGGACGUGGACGUGGAGAUGGUCGUGGACGUGGACGAGGACGUGGUCGUGGACGUGGACGUGGACGUGGACGUGGUCGUGGACGUGGACGUGGACGUGGAGGUGGACGUGGACGUGGAUGUGGACGUGGUCAUGGACGUGGACGUGGACGUGGAUGUGGACGUGGUCCUGGACGUGGACGUGGACGUGGUCAUGGACGUGGACGUGGACGUGGACUUGGACGUGGAUGUGGACAUGGUCUUGGAGGUGGCCGUGGACGUGGACGCGGGCGUGGACGUGGACGUGGACAUGGACGUGGAGGUGGACGUGGACGUGGACGUGGACAUGGUCGUGGACGUGGAUGUGGAUGUGGACGUGGUCGUGGAGGUGGACGUGGACGUGGACGUGGACGUGGUCGUCGACGUGGACGUGGACGUGGUCGUGGACGUGGACGUGGACAUGGUCGUCAACGUGGACGAGGACGUGGUCGUGGACGUGGACGUGGAGGUGGACGUGGACGUGGACGUGGACGUGGUCGUGGACGUGGACGUAGACGUGGACGUGGAGAUGGUCGUGGACGUGGACGUGGACGUGGACUUGGACGUGGACGUGGACGUGGACUUGGACGUGGACGUGGACGUGGACAAGGACGUGGUCGUGGACGUGGACGUGGACGUGGACGUGGACCUGGACGUGGACGUGGACGUGGACGUGGACCUGGACGUGGACGUGGACGUGGACGUGGUCGUGGAAGUGGAUGUUGACGUGGACAUGGACGUGGACUUGGACGUGGAUGUGGACGUGGACGAGGACUUGGACGUGGACCUGGACGUGGACGUGGACGUGGACGUGGUCGUGGAAGUGGACGUGGACGUGGACGUGGACGUGGACUUGGACGUGGAUGUGGACAUGGACGAGGACUUGGACGUGGACCUGGACGUGGACGUGGACGUGGACGUGGUCGUGGAAGUGGACGUGGACGUGGACGUGGACGUGGAUGUGGACGUGGACCUCGAGGUGAACGUGGACGUGGACGUCGACGUGGUCGUGGACGUGGACGUGGACAUGGACGUGGACGUGGACGAUGACGUGGACGUCGACAUGUACGUGGAGGAUGUUGAUGUGGACAUGGUCGUGGACGUGGACGUGGAGGUGGACGUGGACGUGGACGUGGACGUGGACGUGGUCGUGGACGUGGAUGUGGAGGUGGACGUGGACGUGGACGUGGACGUGGACGUGGUCGUGGACGUGGAUGUGGAGGUGGACGUGGACGUGGUCGUGGACGUGGUCGUGGAUGUGGACGUGGAGGUGGACGUGGACGUGGACGUGGACGUGGAGGUGGUCGUGGACGUGGACGUGGACGUGGGCGUGGUCGUGGACGGAGAUGUGGACGUGGACUUGGACGUGGACCUGGACUUGGACGUGGACGUGGACGUUGACGUGGUCGUGGAGGUGGACGUGAACGUAGACGUGGACGUGGACGUGAACGUGGACCUGGACGUGGACGUAGACGUGGACGUGGACGUGUUGGUGGACGUGGACGUGGACGUGGACGUAGACGUGGACGUGGACGUGGACGUGGUCGUGGACGUGGACGUGGUAGUGGACGUGGACGUUGAGGUGGACGUGGACGUGGACGUGGACGUGGUCGUGGAGGUGGUCGUGGACGUGGACAUGGACGUGGUUGUUGACGUGGACGUGGACGUUGACGUGGACGAGGACGUGGACGUGGAUGUGGAGUGGACGUGGACGUGGACGUGGACGUGUAGUGGACCUGGACGUGGACUGGACGUGGACGUGGACGUGGACGUGAACGUGGACCUGGACGUGGACGUGGACUUGGACGUGGACGUGGACGUAGACGUAGACGUGGACGUAGACGUGGACGUGGAGAUGGUCGUGGGGGUGGACGAGGACGUGGUCGUGGACGUGGACGUGGACGUGGACGUGGUCGUGGACGUGGACGUCGACUUGGACGUGGACGUGGACGUGGACGUGGUCGUGGACGUGGACGUGGACGUGGUCGUGGACGUGGACGAGGACGUGGCCGUGGACGUGGACGUGGAGGUGGACGAGGACAUGGAGGUGGACGUGGUCGUGGACGUGGACGUGGACGUGGACGUGGACGUGGUCGUGGACGUGGACGUGGACGUGGACGUGGACGUGGUCGUGGACGUGGACGUGGACUUGGACUUGGACGUGGACGUGGACGUGGACGUGGACGUGGACUUGGACGUGGACGUGGACGUGGACGUGGACGUGGACGUGGUCGUGGACGUGGAUGUCGACUUGGACGUGGACGUGGACGUGGACGUGGUCGUGGACGUGGACGUGGACGUGGUCGUGGACGUGGACGAGGACGUGGCCGUGGACGUGGACGUGGAGGUGGACGAGGACGUGGAGGUGGACGUGGUCGUGGACGUGGACGUGGACGUGGACGUGGUCGUGGACGUGGACGUGGACGUGGACGUGGACGUGGUCGUGGACGUGGACGUGGACUUGGACUUGGACGUGGACGUGGACGUGGACGUGGACUUGGACGUGGACGUGGACGUGGACGUGGACUUGGACGUGGACGUGGACGUGGAGGUGGACGUGGACGUGGACCUGGUCAUGGAGGUGGACGUGGACGUGGAUGUGGACGUGGACCUGGACGUGGACGUGGACGUGGACGUGGUCGUGGACGUGGACGUGGAUGUUGACGUGGACGAGGACGUGGACGUGGACGUGGAGGACGUGGACGUGGACGUGGAUGUGGUCGUGGACGUGGACGUGGACGUGGACGUGGAGGACGUGGAGGACUUGGACGCGGACGUGGACGUGGACGUGGACGUGGACUUGGACGUGGACGUGGACAUGGUCGUGGAGGUGGACGUGGACGUGGACGCGGACGUGGACGUGGACGCGGACGUGGACGUGGACAUGGACGUGGAGGUGGACGUGGACGUGGACGUGGACGUGGUCGUGGACGUGGACGUGAUGGUCGUGGACGUGGAUGAGGACGUGGUCGUGGACGUGGACGUGGAGGUGGACGUGGACGUGGACGUGGUCGUGGUCAUGGACGUGGACGUAGACGUGGACGUGGAGAUGGUCGUGGACGUGGAAGUGGACGUGGACUUGGAUGUGGACGUGGACGUGGACGUGGACGUGGACUUGGACGUGGACAUGGACCUGGACGUGGAUGUGGACGUGCUCGUAGAAGUGGACGUGGACGUGGACGUGGACGUGGACUUGGACGUGGAUGUGGACGUGGACGAGGACUUGGACGUGGACCUGGACGUGGACGUGGACGUGGUCGUGGAAGUGGACGUGGACGUGGACGUGGACGCGAACCUCGACAUGAAUGUGGACGUGGACGUCGACGUGGUCGUGGACGUGGACGUGGACAUGGACGUGGACGUGGACGAUGACGUGGACGUCGACGUGGACGUGGAGGAUGUUGAUGUGGACAUGGUCGUGGACGUGGACGUGGACGUGGACGUGGUCGUGGACGUGGAUGUGGAGGUGGAUGUGGACGUGGACGUGGACGUGGUCGUGGACGUGGACGUGGAGGUGGACGUGGACGUGGUCGUGGACGUGGUCGUGGAUGUGGACGUGGAGAUGGACGUGGACGUGGACGUGGACGUGGUCGUGGACGUGGACGUGGACGUGGACGUGGUCGUGGACGGGGAUGUGGACGUGGACUUGGACGGGGACCUGGACUUGGACGUGGACGUGGACGUGGACGUGGUCGUGGAGGUGAACGUGGACGUAGACGUGGACGUGGAGGUGGACGUGGACAUAGACGUGGACGUGGACGUGGACGUGGACCUGGACGUGGACGUGGACGUGGACGUGAUCGUGGACGUGGACGUGGACGUUGACAUGGACGAGGACGUGGACGUGGACGUGGAGGACGUGGACGUGGACGUGGAUGUGGUCGUGGACGUGGACGUGGACGUGGAGGACGUGGAGGACUUGGACGUGGACGUGGACGUGGACGUGGUCGUGGACGUGGAUGUGGACGUAGACGUGGACGUGGAGGUGGACGUGAACGUGGACGUGGACGUGGACGUGGACGUGGACGUGGUCGUGGACGUGGACGUGGACGUAGACGUGGACGUGGAGGUGGACGUGAACGUGGACAUGGACGUGGUCGUGGACGUGGACGUGGACGUGGACGUGGACGUGGUCGCGGACGUGGACGUUGAAGUGGACGUGGACAUGGACGUGGACGUGGUCGUGGAGGUGGUCGUGGACGUGGACAUGGACGUGGACGUGGACCUGGACGUGGUCGUGGAUGUGGACGUGGACGUGGAUGUGGACUUGGACGUGGACUUGGACGUGGACGUGGACGUGGACGUGGUCGUGGACAUGGACGUGGACGUGGACGUGGUCGUAGACGUGGACGUGGAUGUGGACGUGGACGUGGUUGUGGACGUGGACGUGGACGUUGACGUGGACGAGGACGUGGACGUGGAUGACGUGGACGUGGACGUGAACGUGGACCUGGACGUGGACGUGGACGAGGACGUGGACGUGGACGUGGACGUGGACGUGGACGUGGACGUGGAGAUGGUCGUGGACGUGGACGAGGACGUGGUCGUGGACGUGGACGUGGACGUGGACGUGGUCGUGGACGUGGACGUGGAGGUGGACGUGGACGUGGACGUGGACGUGGUCAUGGAUGUGGACGUGGACGUGGAUGUGGACGUGGUCAUGGACGUGGACGUGGACGUGGUCAUGGACGUGGACGUGGACGUGGACUUGGACGUGGAUGUGGACAUGGUCUUGGAGGUGGACGUGGACGUGGACGCGGACGUGGACGUGGACGUGGACAUGGACGUGGAGGUGGACGUGGACGUGGACGUGGACGUGAACGUGGUCGUGGACGUGGAUGUGGAUGUGGACGUUGUCGUGGAGGUGGACGUGGACGUGGACGUGGACGUGGUCGUCGACGUGGACGUGGACGUGGUCGUGGACGUGGACGUGGACGUUGACGUGGACGAGGACGUGGACGUGGACGUGGAGUGGACGUGGACGUGGACGUGA